AUGGCGCCCCGCCGUGUUUGGGUCAAGCGAUCGGCUUGCUCCGCGACCUUGGUAUCAUACUUGGAGGAUGCAAUUGUGGAUGAGCUGCGCGACCAGGUGAUAAGGAAAUAUGCGAAUUCCUUAAGGAGGAAAUUUGAUUCUCCUGACAUUGUGACCAAAAUCACUCCUCGUCAGGGCUUGAACCGACAGGCCCAACAAGAGCGUCUCCUCAACCUGGAUGAAAUUUUGUCAUCAGUGCUCGACGCAUACUACCCUAGGGGUCAGACAAUAGAAGAGGCGCUGGUGAUCAAUGUGCCCACGGGCUAUACCCCGAGGCCAUCACCACGUUAUACAUUUUACGGUCGCCGUCGUUCGGAGUGUAGCAAGCAUGGCGACUACUCUCCUCUCAUGUUGGAGAGUAAAGAUGCACCGGUGCUACCUCCACCUCCGCGCCCACCAAGCUCGCUAGCUGGCGUCGACCCACCAUCUGGCUUAAUACCCACUACUGAUGUGGCCCCUGGCCCCUUCGCUGCCGUCACCUGGAAGCCUUGGGUCACAGCAUACUUCAGAUUCGCCAACGACGCUCUGUCAUGUACUUACCAUGCCAGGUAUGCUGAUUUCUCUGCUUUUAUCUUUAUUCUCUGGCAGAAAAAACGACUGACAUCCAUAGAGCCCGGCAACUUUUCUCAUGACCAAACUUCACCCGCUGCUUUGGCCCCGACUGCCCUAAUCCCGCCCGCACCCACGACAGAGUCACUGCAGGCAAAGACGCACACGGCCCUGGCACCAGCCGCAUCUCCACGAUCUCUUCGAACAAGGAAAAACUGUUCAUCGCCAGGUGCAGCCCUUGGCGGGUUGGUUGAUGGCACUGUACCGCCAAUCAAUGUCCUCAUCGUGGAGGACAACAUCAUCAACCAGAAGCUGCUGAAUGCAUGUACGAAACGACUGAACGUUCGUUGGGUGUUUGUAGUUGACGGCGAAGAAGCAGUACGGAAAUGGCGACAGGGCGGUUUCCACCUUAUGCUGAUGGACAUCCACUUGCCCAUCAUGAAUGGGUUGGAUGCUACUAAAGAGGUACGGCGGCUCGAGCGACUGAAUGGAAUUGGCGUCUUUUCUAAGACAGAUUCUGGUCGCUCCACCGUCUCAAAGUCUCCAUCGGGAAAGGGACCAGGACCUCAGCGCUCUCCAAGUGAAGAGGACACUCUGGCCAAUCUCUCUGUAUUUUGCAGCCCAGUGGUCAUUGUCGCGUUCACGGCCAGCAUCUUACAAAGCGACCGUCACGAUGCACUGGCUGCUGGCUGCAACGAUUUCUUGACUAAGGCAUCUUUCAAUAACUCCAAAUCUCUCUACUUCAAUCAGUACUAA